UCUUGUCAAACGCGUUAAGCGCAUGACAUCUCUGGCUGGCUGUCCUGUCGUUCUCAUUUGCGAUGUAUUAAAUGACGUGAUCUCCAGUUUAUUUCAGCAGAGGACACGCGGUUAUGGGCAACGCUUUGUUGAGCAGGAUCCACGGCUAGAUUAAAACCCCUCUAAGAACUGAUCGAGGCAUUGAGAGAAGACGAUUACAGUGGAUUUAAUGACACUCCAUCAAAGCAUCACAUUCUGAUCAGAAGAGACAUGGAUGGAUACCUGCCACCUCAGUUUCACAUGUUGUCAGACCAUAAGAAGUUUAGUCAAGAAAAUUCCAUGACGAUGGACCAAGGCACACCUUACAGCAUAAAUAUGAAUGUUUUUUUACCGGACGUCACCUACCUAAGGACCGGCAUGUGUAGACCUGUGAGGUCUGCGGCACCACAGGUAAAGACGGAACCUCUGCACUCAUCUUUUAACUACUCCAGUUGCCACGGCUCGGUUGCGCCCACCACAACGCACCCGGAGUACACAAACCUCUACAGCCCAGCUGUGGAAACGGGUAGCAAUGUUCACAUCAAGCAGGAGACGCCAUCCCUCGAAUUCCCAGACGUUCCACUUUUUCAACUGUUGAAUUCGGAGCUCGAGCCCAGUGUGCCUGGUGUCCACACCGAUUCCCACAAUGCCACAUGCUCUCCAAUGCCAGCGUAUAACAGUAUUCACCCACAACCCAGCCAUAUUGCAGAACGACCGCAUUGUAAUAUGAGCAGCAGUGGAUAUUUGCUACCUUCCCAGUUUGGUCAGCAUCCUCAGAAGAGGGCGGCCUAUCUACCACCCUCCCCUCCAAACUCAGAACCGGGCAGCCCUGACAGGAGGAAGGAACUCAUACAGAACUUAUCGCCACCUCCGUCAUAUGCUGCCAGCAUGGCAUCUAAAAUGGCAGGUCUUACCCCUGGACCAGCACUUUCUGUCCAAACACAAGCAGUUCCUGCCCAAUACAACCGCAGAAACAAUCCCGAUCUAGACAAAAGGAGAAUACACCACUGUGAUGUACCAGGAUGUAAGAAGGUCUACACCAAGUCCUCACAUUUGAAGGCUCAUUUACGUACUCACACAGGCGAAAAGCCAUACAAGUGCUCAUGGGAGGGGUGCGACUGGCGUUUCGCCCGCUCUGACGAGCUAACGCGCCACUUCAGGAAGCACACAGGGGCCAAACCUUUCCAGUGCGCCGUAUGUAACCGUUGCUUCUCCCGAUCGGACCACCUGGCCCUCCACAUGAAAAGACACCAGAACUAGAGCCGCCUGCUCUCGUUUUUCUGACGUUGCCGCAGGAGGGCUAUCAGGACCUCUGUUGAUGAUACUAAUUAGGAUUUGGGUGUGUUCGCUAAUCUUGGGUUUUGGCAGUUCAUCAGGUACAACAGGACCAAACCCGGUCGUCGGUAUGGCUCCUGUGGUCACAAAACCAGCUAAUUGAUGAGAACUCUGCUCAUUUGCCAGAUGGGACAUUCUUGACAUUCAUGACUUGUUUGUUUUUUUCUUUGUUUGUCUGCAUAUAGAGAUCAUCUUUUUUAUGACUAUGUUCAAUGUGCCUUUUUUACCUUGUAGAAUUGAGGUGCCACGUAAAAUGUACAAUGUUCAAUGACUUCUGGGCAAUUUUAUUCUUCUUUAAAGCAAUAUUUCAGGUUUAAUACAAUUUAUAAUUAGUUGACAUCAUUUGUGGCAUAACGUUGAUCAUGUUAAAAUCUUAUUGUUUACAUUAUGUGGCUAUAGUAUUGAAACAAAUCAGAUUUUGAAAGUUGAAAUACAUUUUUGUGGGAAUCAGCAUUAAGCCACAAGUUCUGUCAACUGAGUUGAACUUUUAUUGAACCCAGAAUAUUCUCGUAAAUGACUAUUCGUACUUGUAUCACAAGGUAAAUCAUAAAAUGAGCUGUAGUCUUAGUUGUAGAACCAAACUGAAGAACAGUCAUGAGAACGUGAGCCACAAACGUAGACUCAUAGUGAAUUAACAUCUCAAGCAGCACUUGAUAAGACACUUCAGAAAUUUGUGCGGGGGAGCCACCAGGUAAUUAGAAAAUUAAAUGUAUCUUCAGAUCACCAAAGAGUUGGAUGAAGUCCAAAAUAUGAUGCGUUUCGAAGAGGAUUCACUUUAUUUAGGCAAAAUGUUUGAAAGAGAUCUAAUUUGAUUGAUUGAAGUCCUUUAUGUUAAUUCCUGUGUUUUACUGAAAUGCAAUAAGUGGGUACAAAUGCUGUAUUUUUCCUGGCAAGACAAGGUCGGAUAUCGAUUAGUUGUUUAUUUUCCUUACUAUGCAUUUUUUGGGGAUUAAUAAUAGCUUUAAAUGUACAUAUGACGUGUAUUUAUUCUGCACAGAUUUAUUUUUUUCUUUUCUAUUUUAUAAAAUGUAACUUAGUGCCCACAUGAGAUAUGCACUGGGUUACUGGGAAGUGGUUUUAGAAAUCUUUGUUCAAGAUAAUAAUGCUCUAAUGGCCGCAUUAUGUGGAACAAUGUGGCAGCUGAAUGUUUACAUUAGAUGGCUUGGCUUAUGGUGUGUGUUACAUAUGUACGUGUGGCUCCAUAAAACCUUAUUUUUCAUUACAGUGAUAAAAA